CUUUCUCCAGUGAUGGAGCCGGUCAUCACUUUCCAAGGUGGCCUUUCCUUCACGACUUUGAGGUUCUUCCCAGAUGAUGAAACUGAGGCACAGAGAGGUCAAAGAACUUCCCCACGGUGACAUAGAUGGAAAUGACUUAGAGGCCUUACAAAUACAUCUGUGCAUUCUUGCUUCAGACUUUACGAUUGUGGGCCAGCCCAGUCUCGAAGCACCUCUGAUUAAUGUUACAAGGAAACCGCUACCUCAGCAAACAGAAGGAGAGGAGAAGACUUAUAAUUUAUAACAUGCCAUUUUUUUAAAAAAUCGUCUUCAAAAAAUAUUAAAGGAAACUUGGAAGUUUUUUGCAUUGAGAAGCAGCUCCACAGGUGACUGGAUUUGGCAGGCAGGCUCUGUCAAUUCUGCAGAGGUUUGAGCUUCCCUCUCUAGGACUUAGUGUGAACACUUCUGUACUGCUUUUUAAAUUGCUGUUGAUCAGCUGGUGGGUUUUUGAGUUCUAACUUUUCUGUAUAUUGAAGAUACAUUAUAUUACAUUUUUUAAAGUUAAGUUAUUUUUCUGCCAUUGUAAAUACAAGUAUCAAAAUAUUCUUGCAAAGCAAUUAUAGGUAAACAGUUUUCUCAGCAAGCAGAUCUUUCUACUAAGAGUGGAAUGCUAACAGUUCUUAUGUAGCAUUUUGGACACACUUUUAUUUUUUGUUAGCGGUCCUGCUUACCCUGAAAAUACUAAUUACGUAAACCUGUUGCCCUCCUCGCAUCUACUUUGGCUCACAUGGUCACCUGCCUCAUGAAAAUGCCUUUUUUAAAACUUAGAUUUGCAGAACUCCACUAUUUUUAUACCUAGCUACAGUUUUGGGGGGAAGAAAAGAAGCAGCCCUGACCCGCCCCCAAUCCCAGGGACAAGUCUCCCUCCCGCAUGUAUUGCUGCAGCGCCCAGGACAGUAAGAUGGACUACAAGCGGCGCUUCCUGCUUGGCGGGUCCAAGCAGAAGGUGCAGCAGCACCAGCAGUUCCCGAUGCCUGAGCUGGGCCGAGCACUGAGCGCCCCCCUGGCAUCUACAGCCACCACCGCCCCGCUGGGCAGCCUGACCGCCUCGGGCAGCUGCCACCAUGCCAUGCCUCACUCCACUCCCAUCGCCGACAUCCAGCAGGGCAUCUCCAAAUACCUGGACGCCCUCAAUGUCUUCUGCCGCGCCAGUACUUUCCUCACGGAUCUCUUCAGCACUGUGUUCAGGAACUCUCACUACUCGAAGGCAGCCAUGCAGCUCAAAGACGUGCAGGAGCACGUCAUGGAAGCCGCCAGUCGACUGACGUCGGCCAUAAAGCCCGAGAUCGCCAAAAUGCUGAUGGAACUCAGCGCCGGGGCGGCGAACUUCACUGAUCAGAAGGAAUUCAGCCUCCAGGACAUCGAGGUGUUGGGGCGAUGUUUCUUGACAGUGGUGCAAGUCCACUUCCAGUUUUUGACCCAGGCAUUACAGAAGGUCCAGCCAGUUGCUCACUCUUGCUUUGCUGAGGUGGUCGUGCCGGAAAAAAAGAACAGCAAUGGUGGCAGCGGCUUAGCUGGCACGGGCCACACACCUGAACUGGAGGAGGCUGUGCGAUCCUGGAGGGGGGCUGCUGAGGCAACCUCUCGACUAAGAGAGCGAGGCUGUGAUGGCUGCCUGGCAGGAAUUGAGGUUCAGCAGCUCUUCUGUUCUCAAAGUGCAGCAAUUCCUGAGCACCAGCUAAAGGAACUCAAUGUAAAAAUUGACAGUGCUUUGCAAGCAUAUAAGAUAGCUCUGGAAAGCCUGGGCCACUGUGAGUAUGCGAUGAAAGCUGGCUUCCACCUGAACCCAAAGGCUAUUGAAGCAAGUCUGCAGGGCUGCUGCAGCGAGGCGGAAGCACAGCAGACGGGGCGGAGGCAGACGCCGCCACAGCCCAUGCAGUGCGAGCUGCCCACUGUCCCGGUGCAGAUCGGACCACACUUCCUGAAGGGGGUUUCCUUCAACGAGUCGGCCGCUGACAACCUGAAGCUUAAGACGCACACGAUGUUGCAGCUGAUCAAGGAGGCAGGCUGCUACAAUGGACUCACACCCAGGGACGACUCUCCUGUGACUGAAGUCCUGAACCAGGUGUGCCCCUCCACGUGGCGGGGGGCCUGCAAGACUGCGGUGCAGCUGCUGUUUGGCCAGGCCGGGCUGGUGGUAGUUGACACAGCUCAGAUUGAAAACAAAGAGGCUUACGCCCCCCAAAUCAGCUUAGAAGGCUCCAGAAUCGUGGUUCAAGUCCCUUCCACAUGGUGCCUGAAAGAAGACCCCGCUACCAUGUCCCUGCUGCAGAGAAGCCUGGACCCUGAGAAGACCCUGGGCCUGGUGGACGUGCUCUACACGGCCGUGCUGGACCUCAGCCGCUGGCGGGCAGGGAGGGAGCAAGCUUUGCCCUGCAUACAAAUCCAGCUUCAGCGGGAGAUCUGUGAUUUUGGGAAUCAGGCUGACCUGCCUUCUGGAAAUGGAAACAAAUCUUCGGGGGGGCUGCAGAAGACAUUCUCCAAACUGACAUCCCGGUUCACCAAGAAAGUAUCGUGUACCUCCUCUAGCACCAGCACAAGUUAUUCCAUCCCAAGUACCCCUUCCAAAAACAUCUUCAUUGCUGGGUGUUCUGAAGAAAAGGCCAAGAUGGCUGGUAAUAUCGAUACGAGGCUACAGAGCAUUUUGAACAUUGGUAAUUUCCCUCGGACUCCGGACCCUUCGCAGUCAGCUCAGAAUUCCAGUCAUCAGAUGGCCAACGGUUUCCUCCUGGAGAGGCGUGAGAACUUCCUGCAAGGGGACGAUGGCAAGGGUGAGAAGGGCAUGAACUUACCCACAGAUCAGGAGAUGCAGGAGGUGAUUGAUUUUCUCUCUGGCUUUAACAUGGGCCAGUCACAUCAGGGCUCCCCAUUAGUGACAAGGCGUAAUUCUGCUGCCACAGCCCUGGUGCCUGAGCCGAAGGCAGGGGGCAUGCAGUCACAGCAGCCACCACUGCCAGUGCCCCCUCCGCCACGGCCACCCCAGGCUGGGACACACACCCCUCUGCCGCCCCAGCCGGGACUGGCACCUCCGCAGCAGUCCCCCAAGCAACAGCAACCCCAGGUCCAGUACUACCAACACCUGCUCCAACCCAUUGGACCGCAGCAGCCCCCGGCACAGCCUCGGGCCCCCGGGAAAUGGGGCCACGGCUCGUCCCAGCAGCCAGCACAGCCCGUCGGAGCGGGUCUGUCUCCUCUCGGCCAGUGGCCUGGCAUAUCUGAUCUCAGUUCUGACUUGUACAGCUUGGGGCUGGUGAGCAGCUACAUGGAUAAUGUGAUGUCAGAGGUUUUGGGCCAGAAGCCGCAAGGACCUAGAAACAACACGUGGCCAAACCGUGACCAAAACGAUGGCGUCUUUGGAAUGUUGGGAGAGAUUCUGCCUUUUGACCCUGCAGUGGGAUCAGACCCAGAGUUUGCACGCUACGUGGCGGGCGUGAGCCAGGCAAUGCAGCAGAAACGGCACGUCCCACACGGGCGCCGCCCAGGCAACCCCCGGGGCAACUGGCCUCCCAUGGACGACGCGCAUCGCACCUGGCCUUUCCCAGAGUUCUUCUCAGAAGGGGACGGCCUGCACAGCGGCUGGUCAGGCGCUCAGGGGGACUCAGCCAGCUCGAGUGACGAGACGUCUUCUGCCAACGGGGACAGCUUGUUCUCCAUGUUUUCAGGGCCUGACCUCGUUGCUGCUGUUAAACAAAGAAGGAAGCACAGCAGUGGUGAGCAGGAGACCAGCAUGCUGCCCUCACCGCCUCUUCUCGCCACGGUGGAGGACAUGAACCAGGAUAACAAAACCAAAACGUGGCCACCCAAAGCACCCUGGCAACACCCUUCCCCGCUGCCCAGCACACUGCCCGGCCCAAGCGCACCCCUCUACGCAGUUGCCAGUCCCGGCAGCCAGUGGAACGACACCAUGCAGAUGCUGCAGUCCCCGGUGUGGGCUGCGACCAGCGACUGCAGCGCCGCCUCCUUCACUUACGUGCAGACCCCGCCGCAGCCUCCACCCCCACCAGCACACAAGGCAGCACCCAAGGGCUUCAAGGCCUUCCCUGGGAAGGCCGAGCGCAGGCCGGCUUACUUGCCCCAGUACUGACCCAGGGCCAGCCUGCCUGCCAGGGCUGCUGGGGCCAGUGUCUCCACUCCAGAGCUGACUAGCUGACACCAGCCCCCCAGAGGACCAGUGCACCCCUGUCCCAGGCAGGGAUCCUUGGGGAUGGGGGUGGUUGGCAGCUCCAAGCCUUUAAGGCCUGGCUUCUCAAACUUUGGAGGCACCAGACCCCUGGAUAACCAGCUGAAGACAGGGCUCUGACCCUCCUCAGGAAUGCUGGGGGUCUGUGAAUUUAACAAGCACCUCCGGUGAUUCUGAUGCAGGUGGACCACAGGCCACACUUAGAAACACAGCUCUCAAGUUUGUAGUCCUGCGCGUGUUAGGAAGGCUUCAGGCCUGAAGGCUGAGAGCAAAACUGACCAUUCUUCCGAAACCCUCCCCGUCCCUCCUUAACACACUGAGUGAUGACCACACCAAUCACUGUCUUUUAUAACUAUUUUUCAUACAGGUUUUGUUAAAACAUCUCCUGCCUAAAAUGCAUCAACUGUUUUAAGAUAACAGGUACAGUGGCUGGAGGUUUGUUCAACACUAUCUUUAUUUAAGCUUAUACGAAUUGGGCCAAGUAUACAAUAUUGGUGAUCAGAAGAAUCACCUAGGUUUUCUGUGGCUGGACAACCUGUUGCCUCUCCAGCAGCACCCAGGGGUGCGACCUUUACCAGAUUCACAUGUGCAACAUCCUGAAGGUGACGUCAGAGACAAAUGCCCGUGGUGCGUGGAGCCGAGCCAGCGGUGGGCUUGUGGAGAGCUCGCGCUGCGCCAGCGCCUCGCUCCUUCCCGUGGCCUCGAAACAUGCGCUGCAGUCCCAGGGCUGCCAGUGACCCCUGUGCCUGAAGUUGCAGUGACAUUUGUGAGCUGGCUCAAGACAAACCGAUUAAGAUGUAGGUAGGAAUUAAAAUCUUCACAAAACAGAAAACCACCUCAUUUUCAGUUACACGUGCCAUUAAGUUGAUAACACCCUGUGGAUUUCAGAAUAUUUCCAGCCAGGAUGGAUCCAGAAGAAUUGAAUGGUGCUUAAAUUGAGAAAUAAAUAUAUCUAUAUAGACUAGACAUACCCCACUGUAUAUUAAUUGAGGUUA